GCAAUAGGACCAUGCGGCGCGUCUGAAGCAGGCCGGCCCCACUGCAGUGUGCGCGAGGCCCGCGGAGAAAGCGCUGGCCGGCCGGGGAGGCGGAGGACGGGGAAAGGAGCGCGAGGAGGAUCCGGGAGUUCGCGGCAACAAACCAGAAAAAGGUGCUCAGGCCUGGGACGUGAAAAUAAAACGGAAAAAACGGGAAACAACGUAGGAUCACGUAGGAUUUGUUUUUAUUUUGAUCAUUUUUUUUUUUAAUCACUUGACGAGUGAUUUAUUCGGUGAUGCCAUCCAACACGGUCACCACCACCACCACCACCACCAACACCACCACGGCUCCUUUUAAAAGCUCUGACUUCAACGGUGGGGGAAAUCGCAUGACUGACAGUGUGAGCCGGGAGAUGGAGCUGGCUGUGGCGGACAGGCCAGCGUUCAGCACUCCGGCCCGCAAAGUCGGACGGCCCAGCCGCAAACGCAGAGACUUCCUUGUGGAAAGUUGUGGAUCGCUAACAGAGCUGGUGGGUGUGUCCAAGAAUCACAGAGGGACAGGAAUCCAGUCGUGUUCGCAGAUCCAGGUUCAUAAUGGGGAUGUAAUAGAGCGGCAUGGCAACCGAUCCUCCGAAGGCUCUCGCCCCGCGCAGGAGCAGAAUGCUCUGGAAAACGGCCUCCCUCGCCAGGCUGCCCGCAGCACGAGCCCUUCCCCGGAGAAUGGAUUUGCUGUUGCCCAGGACAAGUGCGACUCCGAGAAGGACAGAGAAGAGAACCUGACACUUCUACCUCGCCGGAAACGAGGAAGACGGAAACUGGAGCGGCCGACCAAAUACGUCGAGCACCGCGAGGACGAGAUCGGGGACUCUUCGAAGAAUGAGGGAGCUCGAGGCAGCCCACGUGGGGGAGUAGGCUGGGAAAUCAGUCUGCGCCAGAGACCCAUGCCCAGGGUAACCUUCCAGGCCGGUGACCCUUAUUACAUUAGCAAGAGGACCAGAGAGGAAUUGCUGGCCAAGUGGAAGAUGGAGGCAGAAAAGAAGGCCAAAGUGGUUUCCAUAAUGAACUCGAUAGAGGAGUACGGAGAGAUAGUAGCCAAGCCUCAGACAGCCUGUGGCACCAUCAGCCCACUGAUCACUGCACCACCACCACCACCACCAACACCACCCCCAAUACAGCAACAGCAUCAACUAACCCAGGCUCUUCCCAAAGCUCAACCACAACCACAAAUGCAGCCUUUACCCCAGCAACAGCCUCCUGCACAGCAGCAACAGCCUACAGACCCAGCAUCUCCCACAGUGGCCACCACGCCAGAGCCAGUGCCUAUAGGGGAUGGAGAUAAGACCUCACCAAAGUCUGCUGACACAGAGGCUGAGUAUGAGGAUGGCAGAGGUUUUGGCAUUGGCGAGUUGGUGUGGGGGAAACUGCGUGGUUUCUCUUGGUGGCCUGGACGCAUCAUCUCCUGGUGUAUGACCGAUAAAAGCCGAGCUGCUGAGGGAACCAGAUGGGUCAAGUGGUUCGGUGAUUGCAAAUUCUCUGUGAUCUGUGUUGAGAAGUUGUUGCCUUUGAGUUCCUUCUGCACUGCUUUUCACCAGCCCACUUACAACAAACAGCCAAUGUACAAGAAAGCCAUCUAUGAGGUGCUACAGGUAGCCAGCAGUAGAGCAGGAAAAGUGUUCCUUUCCGGUCCUGAGAGUGACGACACCGAUACUUCGAAAUCGGUGGACAUGCAGAACAAGCAGAUGAUUGAAUGGGCCAUGAAAGGAUUCCAGCCCACUGGCCCCAAGGGCCUAGAGCCUCCAGAAGAGGAGCGUAACACAUAUAAGGAAGUGUACCCCGAAACCUGGGUGGAGCCCGAAGCCGCGUACGCACCCCCACCCGCCAAAAGGCCUCGCAAAAGCACAAGCACAGAGAAACCCAAGGUGAAAGACAUCAUCGACGAAAGAACCCGAGAGAGGCUUGUGUACGAAGUGCGCCAGAAGUGCAGGAAUAUUGAAGAUAUUUGCAUCUCUUGUGGAACCCUGAACGUUUCCCUUGGGCACCCACUCUUCUGUGGAGGAAUGUGCCAAAGCUGUAAGAACUGCUUCUUGGAGUGCGCAUACCAGUAUGACGAUGACGGCUAUCAGUCUUACUGCACAAUCUGCUGUGGAGGGAGGGAAGUGCUCAUGUGUGGAAACAAUAACUGCUGCAGGUGUUUCUGUGUAGAGUGUGUGGAUCUUCUAGUUGGGCCAGGUGCAGCACAAGCUGCAAUAAAGGAGGACCCUUGGAACUGCUACAUGUGCGGACAGAAGCAUCAGUUCGGUCUGCUAGAACGACGAUCUGACUGGCCCAAUCGUCUGCAACACUUCUUUGCCAACAACCACGACCAGGACUUUGAACCUCCAAAGCUCUACCCUUCUGUUCUGGCAGAGAAGAGAAAGCCUAUUCGUGUGUUAUCACUCUUCGAUGGAAUUGCUACAGGGCUGCUGGUGCUUAAAGAGCUAGGCAUUCAGGUGGAUCGCUACGUGGCCUCUGAGAUAUGUGAGGACUCCAUCAGUGUAGGGAUCGGGCGCAUCAUGUAUGUUGGGGACGUGAGGAACGUCACACGCAAGCACAUACAAGAGUGGGGACCUUUUGAUCUCGUCAUCGGAGGAAGCCCCUGUAACGAGCUGUCUAUAGUUAAUCCAGCACGGAAAGGUCUCUACGAGGGCACGGGGAGGCUGUUCUUCGAGUUUUACCGACUUUUACAUGAAGCUCGUCCUAAGGAAGGAGACGACAGGCCUUUCUUCUGGCUUUUUGAGAACGUAGUGGCUAUGGGUGUCAGUGACAAGAGGGACAUCUCUCGCUUUUUAGAGUGCAACCCAGUGAUGAUAGAUGCAAAGGAAGUGUCUGCUGCCCAUCGUGCCCGCUACUUCUGGGGAAACCUUCCGGGCAUGAACAGACCUCUGACUGCCAUGUGCUCUGACAAACUGGACCUGCAAGGCUGUCUUGAACAUGGCAGGACUGCAAAGUUUGAUAAAGUGAGGACCAUCACCACUCGGGCGAAUUCCAUAAAGCAGGGCAAAGAUCAGCACUUACCUGUUUACAUGAAUGACAGAGAGGACAUGCUGUGGUGCACUGAGAUGGAGAGGUUAUUCGGCUUUCCCGUCCACUACACAGACGUGUCCAACAUGAGUCGGUUGGCGAGGCAGAGGCUGCUCGGCCGCUCAUGGAGUGUCCCGGUCAUCCGCCACCUGUUUGCACCACUCAAAGAGUAUUUCGCCUGUGUGUGAAAGUCAGAGUCGAGAAACCCAAACUGGUGUAUGAAAUUACAAGAGCCUUGUAUAUUAUUUACAACAUAAACAUCAAAGUAGGUAUUUCACUUUUUUUUUUUUUUUUUUUUUUUUUUAUUCUAUUUAAUUAUUAUAAUUUUUGGUCAAUUCAUUUUAAUUUUUUUAGCAGUGUUAUUCAGAAUUGAUAAUUAUUUUUGUGUGCAAGCUAUACUUGAGGUGAGGCCUCCUAUUAAGGCAUUGAGAAACAAAACAUGGGAGCAAAUGAUGGAGAAAAACAAAUUCAUUUCACCGUGUUACAGAAAGUCCGAGUGACUUUUCAUCAACCGGGUGAGGUCGGGCUGCAGGUCGAACGGCUGCUUAAAAACGCUCGCCUUUUCCUUUCCUCUGAGCAACUGAGCCUUGGGCGAGAGCAAAAACUAAAAAAUUACACACACACACACACACACACACACACAAACACACACAAGAAUGGUGUCUUUCUCUUCCAUGUCAGGGGAGUUCUGUCUUAACCAAUCCAAACACCACGUCACAAAUACCUCUUUGUUUACGGUUUCUAUACACAAUGGUAAUAAAAGGUACUACUGUAAUAGGUGACAAUAUGGUGCUUCAAGGUGGUGAAAAAACAUUGCAACUCAUGUGGUGCUACUACUUCAGACUAGAUGUGGUCACCUUCAGACCAUUAGCCAGGGUUUAAAAAAAAAAAAAAAAGCAAAAAAAAUAUUCCGAAAGUGAGUCUAAACAAGGAUUCGUCAAGCCAGGUCUGCCACAUCUCAUUUUAUAUCUCUAACAGCCUUGUUUUUGUUUGUUUGUUUUUUUUAACAAUACCUUACUGGUGCUCUGUGUAAAACCUCAGCCUUGCAGUCACUGAGGUCUCCUGCGUCUGUGCACACACAAAACCUGCUGGCCUGCCACAUGAGGCCAUGAUGUUUUUUUUUUUCUCUCUCUUCUAUACCUUGAGAUAGAAGGCUGUGUCGAGCUAUGGUUCUUUUCUCUCUCCUAGCAUCACACAGGCCGGAAUCAUUACUGUACAACUUUUAGCAUGCGCGGCAGUCGCAGGGAGGGCGGUGGUGGGUUUUUGCUCCUAGCCUGCUAAACCCCUCUCCACAGUGCCUCUCGCAGGCUAUCCUCAGUCAGGUGCAACACUUUU